CGCAUGCGCAGUGGCGUGCCCGGCACGGAGCCGGGGAGGUGUCGCGGGGCUGGGCCCGCCCGGGAGCCUCUCCGAGAAAAGAAAACCUGCGCUUUCUCCCGCCCGGGCCGAGGGGCAGCAGAGGGGGGAGCAACACCUGAGCAGGUCCGUGCUGGAGAGUGGGAGAAGGGUCCCUGCUGGCUGCCGUGUCCUGGGUGGGCACAGAACUCUGACCUUGGCCAGAUGGGCUGGUUUCCGGGUGUUUUGAUCCUGACGUCGCCAAAGCCUCAGGCUUCUCUCCCGGGGCCCUUGCCGUUGCUGUAUCUCUUGGAUGCCGUGCAGAACGGAAUCAGGCAGCCAAGCCUCAGGUUCACCUUCUCCCUCACCCUCUGCGCUGCUCGUGUGGCACAGCAGAUCCUGAAGCCAGAGGAGCACGUGUACAUAAGGGUAAAGAGAUUCCUUCUGUCGCACCGGUGUUUGGACCUGAGGAAGGUACCGGGUUUUCUCCAGCUUUUCUACAGUUUUGAUUUUGAGGAAUUCAAAAUGUUAUUUCUGUGGGGUCUUGGUUGUUUUCUUGACACUAACGCACAAGGAGUUGUGCUGCGUAUGCUCUGUGAGCACAAGAAGAGAAUGUUCUGCCCCGGCUAGCUACAAUUCCUCUUUGAGUUUAGGUUAGUAACUUUGAGUUCAACUGAAGUAUUUUAGAAACAGCAACUUCUAAAAUUCCAUUUCCACUGCAUGUUUGGGCUGCAGACUGACUGUUCCCAGUGGAUGUUAGCGAUUAAAUUUGGUAGGA